UAAGAAUUAUGGGGAAUGACUGAGGCCCGACUACGGAAAUAUCACUUAGGAAAUAAUAAUGUCAAUUCACCAUCAGUUGAUUUUUUGUCGCAAACAUAAUAUGUAAUUUUGUAUAGAGCUUUUUAACUCUCAUCUGCGACAAUUUUCCGGAGAAUGAUCGUUGUCAAGUUCUGUGUCUUGGGCAAAAUCUUAUCCGGUAUGAGGUACUUCAUUGGAGUAGAUGUUGGCACUGGAUCAGUCCGUGCGGCUUUGGUUCAGCAGGAUGGUAAACUUGUCACUGCUGCAUCUAAAGAGAUUCGAAUCUGGAACCCAAAGCCAGACUUUUACCAGCAGUCCUCAGAAGAUAUCUGGUCAGCAGUUAUAUUUACAGUGAAGAGUGUAUGCAGCACUGGGGGCGUGGACAAGGAUGAUGUGGGAGGAAUUGGAUUUGAUGCCACCUGCUCAUUGGUUAUCAGAGACAAGCAAGGAAAACCUCUGUCUGUUUGUCCAGAAGGAACCCUUGACUGUGAUAUUAUCAUGUGGAUGGACCACAGGGCUUCAGAGGAAACGGACCUUAUAAAUGCUACCAAACACGGUGUGCUGAAAUACACAGGGGGCGGUAUCUCACUGGAAAUGGAGCCGCCAAAAUUGCUCUGGCUUAAACAGAAUUUGAAAGAGCAAUGCUGGGAUAAAGCAGGUCACAUGUUUGACCUCUGUGAUUUCCUUACCUGGCGUGCAACAGAUUCCCUCACAAGAUCUCUGUGCUCAGUGACGGCAAAGUGGACAUAUACUAAAGAUAAACAGUUUGAUCCACAGUUUUAUAAAUUAAUAGGACUGGAAGAACUGUGUGAGAAGAAUUUUGAAAAAAUUGGUAGUGAGAUUCAAACCCAGGGCCAGCCAUGCGGGCAGGGCCUCUCUCCCAGCACAGCAGCAGAGCUGGGUCUCAGACCUGGUACCACUGUAUCAGUGGGCAUGUUAGAUGCCCAUUGUGCUACCAUUGGUUGCCUAGGUUGUAUUCCAUCGGACAGUUCCAUAUCAAUCCCCCCACUUCACAGCAGGGUAGCCAUGAUCAGUGGAACAUCCACAUGCCACAUGCAGUUAAGCGAGGAAGCAUUAUUUGUUCCUGGUGUAUGGGGGCCAAAUUGGUCAGCGAUUGUUCCUGGCUACUGGUCAGCAGAGGGAGGACAGAGUGCUGCUGGCAAACUGAUGGACUUUGUCAUAGAAACACAUACUGCUUACCAAGAUACAUUGAAACAGGCUCAAAGCAGGAACCAGCAUAUAACAGAUUACCUGUUUGAACUUCUGGAGAAUGAAGCAAGGAGCCAGGGACUGUCAAGUAUGGCAGAAUUGACCAAGGACUUCCACAUGUGGCCUGAUUUCCAUGGCAACAGGUCACCACUAGCUGAUCAUACUUUGAAAGGAAUGAUCAGUGGAUUGACGUUACGAUCAGAUGCUGCCGGUCUUGCUAUCCUGUAUCUUUCUACAGUACAAGCACUUGCUUACAGUACACAUCAUAUACUCAGUGAGAUGAGGAAAUGUGGACACAGUCCAGACAUCCUGUAUGUGUGUGGAGGGUUGAGGAAAAACAAGCUGUAUAUACAGACACAUGCUGAUGCAACAGGUCUACCAGUUGUUGUUCCAGAUGAAAAAGAGUCUGUUUUAUUAGGAGCAGCCAUUUUAGGGGCAACAGCAGCGGGCCUGCACCCUACAAUACAGACUUGCAUGGAGAAUAUGUGUGGAAAAGGGGAGGUAACACUGCCAGCCAAACAAGAUGCACAGUUCCAUAUGAAGAAGUACCAAGUCUUUUUACAGAUGUAUAGAGAUCAGAGAAAGUACAAAGAAAUAAUGAAUGGAUAAAAUGUCAACCUCAUAAUUAUGUCAUAUUUUAUAACAAUGUAUCCCUAGUCAUUUUGAUUUUAUACAGAUUACAUAUUUAAUCAAGUUCAGGAACAUUAUAGGGGCCAGUAUCAGUAUGAAGGGGGUGGGUUUUUUUUUUCUUUACUUAACAGGGAUUGGUUUUUCUAUUUGUCCAUUAGAAUGAUGUGUAAAAGGGCACUCUUUGUAAAGGGUAUCAAUUUUGCUUCUUGCUUUGUCUACUGCUACUGAUUACAGUGCAACUAUUCAAUACCGGACCUUCCAAAAAACUGGAAACUUCUGAAAAACAGACUACUUUCUCGGUCCCAAUUUUUCUCCUCUUUUCUAUAUAGACCUUACUUCUAAAUACCGGAACUUCCAAAUUCUGCACACCGGAUGAUAUUUUCGAAACACUUGACUUAUUCCAAUAUGAUUUUACUUCCCAAAACCACAUUGCACAAACAAGCAGAUAUUUGAUUAAAUGCAAAGCUGGGCCUUUAGGAAAUAUUCUUGUAUGAUUCCCUUGUUUACAAAUUAUCGGUGACGAAGAUUGUGAUAAUUAGACGAUGAUCUUUCAUUAAAUGUUUAGCGGAUUAAAAUUGGAUGUUUGCAUCGAACAUCUUCAUGGACUUUUAAUUCUGCAGUAUAAUUAAAGGCGUGCAUUUAUUUAAGAAAAGAAUUAGCUGGCGUGAAAAUUUAUUUCUGGAUAAUGAUUUGAUUUUGUAAUUUGUGAAAUAGUUUCACAAACUGUGGCAACCUUAAAAGCUGGGUGCAGGUAAGAAUUGAGUUAACUUUUUAAAAAAAUCCAUUAUUUUCAUGAUUAGAAUUAAUUAGUCGCCGUCAAAAUGUCGUAAAACUGAACUGUCUGUACAGGACAAAAUUAAAAUAAUUUGUGAGUCUGAACUCUUUCAAGAUCACAAAAAGAAUGGUUAAUGGUAUGCCAUUGUACUUGUCUAAAUCAUUUCGUACUUCCUAGUACCAGAAACCAAAAAAAACACUUUUCUUCUGGUCCCAAGGGUGUAUGGUUUUCACUUUAAUAGUCCCCUACUGGUUGAAAACCAGUUUCAGGGACUAUAGGAAUGUGCUUUUCCGUCAUUCCAUCCGUCUGUCCGUCUGCAAUUUUGUGUCUGGUCAAUAACUCUGUCACCCAUGAAGGGAUUUUAAUAUUACUUAGCACAAAUGUUUCCCAUGAUGAGGCGACGUGUCAUGUGCAAAAUCCAGACCCCUAGCUCAGAGGUCAAGGUCACAAUAGGAGGUCAAAGGUCAACAGGGCUUUUUUCCUGUCUGGUCCAUAACUCUGCCAUUCAUGAAGGGAUUUAAAUAUAUUACUUAGCACAAUUGUAGCUCAUAAUUAGAUGAUGUAUCUUGCACAACUUUCAGACCCCAAACUCAAAGGUCAAGGUCACACUUGGCAGUCAAAUGUUAACAUGGCAUGCACAGGGUCUGUUUUUUGUCUGGUCCAUUGUCAUUCAUUAAGAGAUUUUAAUAUCACUUGGUACAAAUGUUCCCCAUGAUUAGAUGACGUGUCAUGCACAAGUCUCGGAUCCCUGGCCCAAAGGUCAAGGUCACAAUUGGGAGUCAAAGAUCAAGGCUUUUUUCCUGGCUGGUCCAUAACUCUACCAUCCUUGAAGAGAUUUUAAUAUUACUUGGCACAAAUGUUCAUCAUGAGAUGACAUGUCAUGUGUAAAACGUGGACCCCUAACUCAAAGGUCAAGGUCACAGUUGGAGGUCAGAGGUCAAUAGGGUCUUUUUCCUGUCAGGUCCAGAACUCGUCCAUCAAGGGAUAACAAUAUUAUGGCAUAGAUGCUUCCCAUGAUGGGACGUGUUAUGCGCAACACCCAGAACUCUAACUUAAAGGUCAAGGGCACACUUGGAGACCAAAGGUCAAUAGGAUUUUUUUCCUGUCCGCUCUAUAACUUUGUCAUGCAAAACGGAAUUAAUUAUCAGUUAAACAACCCUUAAAGGGAUUUUAAUAUUACUUGACACAAAUGUUCACCACCAUGGGACAGAUUAUCAUGUGCAAGAACAAGGGCCGUAGGUUUAAGGUCAAGGUCACACUUAAAGGCCAAGGGUCAAAUACAAGAAUGACUUUGUCCGUAGCACUUCUUCUUCAUGCAUGGAGGGAUUGUGAUGUAACUUGGAACAAAUGUUUACCACCUUGAAACGGAUUGUCAUGCACAAGAACCAGGUCCCUAGGUCUAAGGUCAAGGUUACACUUCGAGGUCAAAGGUCAAAUUCAAGAAUGACUUUGUCCAGAGCAUUUCUUCUUCAUACAUGAAGAGAUUUUGAUGUAACUUGGCACAAAUGUUCACCACCAUGAGUCAACUUUGGUUUUAGAAUUACAUCCCUUUGUUUUUACUAUAAAUAGCUUGUAUUGUAACUUUUUUAUUACUGGCCGUAUGGAAAAAUCAAGACCACUUUUCAGUGGUACAACUUGCAUGUUAUAUCCAAUUUUUUACGUGUAAUUUGACCUUUCUCUACCUGGUAAAGAGUUUCUUGGACUUAUAUUAUAUAGAAAUUUUUUUUAGGAUUAAUUUCUAUUUGUUGUUACUAUAAAUAACUUAUAUGCUAACUUUUUUAUAAUCAGCCAAAAAAUUACAUAUGAAAACAACUGUAGGUUUUUAUAUAUAAGUAUUUUGUUAUAACAUAUUGUAUAUAAUGUACAGUAUUGUUUAUACAUCCUUUAUAGAUAUCCGUUCAUUAUGUUAUACUGCAUUAGAGAAAAUAAGGUGCCUUCCAGUCAGUCUGUAGCAGACUUUGUAUUUCAUGGCAAUACUUCACUCACAUGUUAUAUUAUGCAUAUUAAAACAGGUAAAUACCCAAUUCUGGAACAUGCUUGAAAUGUAUUUACAUUACUUAAACAAAACAAAAAUGUAUAACAUACAUCUCUCUCAAUGUUUGUCCGAAUCAUUUACCUAUAAACCUGGCUGUUUUAUUAGGGUCAUUCUAAAAAUAGAUACAGGGGCUGAUAUGGUUGGACAGUUACAACAAUGGUCUCGUUAUUUUUGGAGGCUCUUAUCUAGUCAAAAUAUUUUCAAACGUGCUUUCUUCUGUGCGUACCUCGACACUUCCUCACUACCGUAGUCACCAAUAACCUUAUGAUCGGAUGCCGUUUUCCUUUAUUUUUUCCUUAAAUUGUUUUAUAUAAAGGAUCAAUCCCCCAGGAGAGAACUGGUCCACAGUAUAGAUAAAAUCUGUAUAAAAUCACAUAGUAUAAAAUCACUAAAAACUCUUGCCAUCUUUUCCUUAAUAUCAUUUUCAGUUUUCACUGCAUGGUACGGAACUACACUUGAAUGCGAAAGAAUAUGAAUUAUAAAUGAUAGAAAACUCCCUGCAAAAUAUACUUCAGUAAGAUAUGGGUUUAUAGAAAUACUAACAGGAUCAUAAAUAUAUACAUUCUAUCUUAAUGAAAUGUAAAAGAAAUCAGGAAACAUUAUAAAACUAUAUACAGUUUUUCUACAACGAUAUCCUGUCGUCACUACAUUGUGGCGCUAUAGUGCAGUGCAUGUGUCAUUGCGCGGACAAACUUGAUACAAUUUUGUUAAAACCAUUAAAAAUACAUAAAAUAAAUAGAACAACUGUUUGUUUUAUUGUAAGAUCGAAACAUUAGUGUUCACUCGGUGAAAUAUAUUUGGAUUGUACACUUAAACAAAUAAAUAUCCUCUAUAUAUUCUC